CGUACAUCCAUAUUCCGGUGACCUGGGCGACCUCCAUUACCAGCGAGGAAAGACCAUCCACAACAGCGGCAAGGAUAAGACCAGCGACUUUUUCCACCAAUUGGCGAGACGUGGCAGUCCUUAGGCAGCGACGAUUGACGAUGACAACACAACUGCGAUGGCGUGAACCUAAUCUAACGGUGACAAUCACAGUCCGGCGAGCUGUACCUAUUUCGGCGACUUCCUCCAGUGACCGUAAGGCAGGGUGACACGGACCUGGGUAGCCCCAACUUGCUUCGUUGACUUCUGAGCAGUGAAUUAACCUGCGGUCAACGGCAACGGUGUUCCGGCAAACGAACUCCAGCAACGCGAAAUAGUGGUGUUGGUGACUCCGACGAUGAUCGCGCAGCAGUGGGUACAUCGGCGGUAGGAGGAACAAACUCCAAUAGUUAUGACGACCUCAGGAAAUGAAGAUGUGCUCCGGCGAUGACUAUUCAAUGAUGUGUGUUAGGAUACGACGAACGAAUCAAGUUUCUCCGCAGGAUCCAUAAAAAUUGAAGAGAAAAAGGAAUGGAUGCCAGAGUGGGGAUGCCUGGUCGCGGCGGCAGCGUGGUAGACGGAGGAGCCGGUUCGUUCCUGCCGCAGCACCACCACCAGCGUCUGAAACACCAUCAAUACCACACGCAACAGCAGCUGCAGAAUUCGCAAGCGCAAAUCGGGACUGUGUCGCAGCUUCUUGCGGGUGGCAUAGCCGGAGCGUUCAGCAAGACCUGUACUGCCCCCCUUGCUCGCCUCACCAUUCUAUUUCAGGUCCAAGGCAUGCACUCUGAUGUGGCAGUGUUAAGUAGACCAAGUAUAUUCCAUGAGGCUUUGCGCAUUGUUAAUGAAGAAGGGUUCAGAGCUUUUUGGAAGGGAAACCUUGUCACUAUUGCUCACAGACUUCCAUAUUCAUCAGCCAAUUUUUAUGCUUAUGAACAGUAUAAGAAAAUUCUGAAAUCUAUUCCAAGCCUCUAUGGUAGUAAUAAGAGAAAUGCUAGUACAGAUCUAUUUGUGCAUUUUGUAGGUGGUGGUUUAGCUGGGAUGACAGCUACUUCUGCCACCUAUCCUUUGGAUCUUGUCAGGACAAGGUUGGCAGCACAGAGAAGUACGAUGUAUUAUCAAGGCAUUUCCCAUGCCAUCAGCACCAUUUGCAGGGAUGAAGGUUUUUUUGGGCUGUAUAAAGGACUUGGAGCAACAUUAUUGAGUGUUGGGCCUAGUAUAGCGAUAAGCUUCUCUGUUUAUGAAUCUUUGAGAUCUCAUUGGUUAGCUCACAGGCCUGAUGAUCCCAAUCUUAUGAUUAGUCUUACCUGUGGAAGUCUUUCAGGAAUUGCAUCAUCUACUGCUACAUUCCCUUUGGACCUUGUGAGGCGAAGAAUGCAGUUGGAAGGAGCUGGUGGUCGAGCACGUGUAUACAACACAGGCCUUGUUGGGGCAUUUAGGCACAUCGUUCGAACUGAAGGUUUUCGUGGGUUUUAUAGAGGGAUUAUGCCCGAGUACUACAAAGUUGUUCCUGGUGUGGGGAUCGUUUUCAUGACAUACGAGGCACUGAAGAAGUUUCUAUCUGAAUCACCCUUUGCUUGAUUGAUCAUCAUCAUCUUGCAGAAAGGAAAAGAAAAACCUAAGCUUUUGUUAGUUAGGGAAGUCAAAAACUUGGGUGGGUAAAUUGUAACAUUCCUACCCCCUUUUUUUGUGUUAGUAUCUAACUUCCCUUUCUCAUUUGUACAGCCCCUAUUGAAGUGUUGUCCUACAUGCUUUUUGCACUUGCCUUGGGUUCUCUUAGUAGUCCUUAACUCUUCAAUAUUGAUGUGUACCUUAGCACUCCCUUUUUCUGAAGCGAACUUCAAACGAAUUUUGUUAGCUGAAAAGUGUCUUUUGACGCCUGUAUUGACAAUG